AUACGAGUAUUGGACACGAUGUCGAACAAGAUUACAACUCUCCUGACUCUUCUGGUUGCAGCAGUUGCUUGCGUUGGGGCACAAGCCUCUCUACGACAUUGGUUUGUAAGGCCACUGCCCCAUCAUGGCGUUGGACCACGCAUCGUAGGUGGAUUCGAGAUCAACGUGUCGGAGACUCCGUAUCAGGUGUCGUUACAGUACCACCAUCAACACAUCUGUGGAGGUUCCGUGCUUUCCAACAAAUGGAUCCUAACAGCAGCUCACUGCACAAACGUUACCCUUCCCUCAAGCUUCACCGUGCGCCUGGGAUCUUCCAAGCACGCAUCCGAUGGACAGGUGGCCCGAGUUUCGCAAAUCAUUCGUCACCCAAACUAUCGCCAGAACACAACGGAUUACGAUUACUCCCUGCUGGAAUUGGAGGAAGCAGUCACCUUCAGCAACGUGAUUCAACCGAUCACUCUUCCUAAGCAGGAUGAAGCUGUGUUGGAUGGAACCAUGAUGACCGUAUCUGGUUGGGGAAAUACGCAAAAUACUGCCGAAUCGAACGCUACUCUACGAGCCGUCAACGUACCGACCAUUAACCAAGAGGAAUGCGACAAGGCUUACCGACGAUUUGGAGGAAUCACUGAUCGUAUGCUGUGUGCCGGAUAUCAGCAGGGGGCGAUGGACUCUUGCCAGGGAGACUCUGGUGGUCCGCUGGUCGCGCACGGAAAGCUGAUUGGCGUUGUUUCGUGGGGAUUCGGAUGCGCUCAGGCUGGAUAUCCGGGUGUAUACUCGCGGGUGGCCUGUGUUCGCGAUUGGGUUCGAGAAAACAGUGGAGUGUAAGGAUUGUCUAAUUUUUCAGCGAGCAUUUGUUAUGUAAAUGAAUCGAAAUAAAAUAAAAUAAUGUUAUUAAUCUUA